CUCCGGCUCUGGUCCUUCUAUAGAUCAUUCAAUAUAACAAUGAGCUAAUUAUAAUUUAAUACUCUCUGUCAGAACGUUUUAGUGGAUAGUCUAAAAUUAUGUAUUAAUUUUUCAUGACCAUACAAUGGUAACGAACUUACAUUGAAGGUUACAAGUAGUAUUUGAUAAAAAUAGAAUGAAUCAUGUGUAAAGCUAACAAAAUUGCCGUCUGUGUAUUAGUUUUUAGUUGUGUUUACUUCACUGAAGGACUUGAAGAUCAAGCCUAUUGGAAGCAACUAGGAAAAGAUGAACUAUCAAAAGCCUUAAAAAAAACCUUCAAUAACAACUUAGCUAAAAAUGUGAUUUUAUUUGUUGGAGAUGGCAUGGGCCUUACCACUUCAACUGCUUCUAGAAUUUAUGGUAAAGGGGAAAGUGGUCAUUUGGCAUGGGAAUCUUUCGAUAACCUAGGAGUAUUAAAGAUUUAUUCAGCCAACAAACUUGUCCCAGAUUCUUGUAGCACAGCUACAGCCCUUUUCAGUGGAGUAAAAGCCAACCAUAAAACUUCAGGUGUAGACAACACCGUACACUUAGACGAUUGUGCAGCUUCACUGAAAAAAUCAGCUCAACUGGAAAGUUUCAUUGAUUGGGCCCAUGAAGCUGGCAAAUCAACAGGAUUUGUAACUACCACUAGGGUAACUCAUGCUACUCCUAGUGCCCUAUACGCGCACACCCCGAACAGAAAGUGGGAAUGUGAAGCUUCAUUGCCUGAAAAUUCCGAUUGCAAAGAUAUAGCUUAUCAGCUGAUAAAUGAUAGUCCUGGCAGGAAUAUUAAAGUUAUUAUGGGUGGAGGUAGGCAGUGUUUAGUAGCUAAUGUUGAAGGUUCAAAAUCUGACCCAUUGGAUACAUGGUCUUGCAUCAGCAAACAAAAAGGCAGAAAUUUGAUAAAUGAUUGGGCCACAAAUAAAACCAGCUAUCAAAUUUUACAAAACAACCAACAGCUUCAGAAUAUGAAUGAAUCAGCAGAGUUUACUUUGGGUAUAUUUGCCAAUGGGCACCUGAAAAUGGAAUAUGAACGUGAUAAGGGUCCAGAAGGUAUGCCCUCUCUUAGUGCUAUGACAGAAGCUGCCAUUAAACUACUAAAAAAAAACCCAAAUGGGUAUGCACUUAUGGUUGAAGGUGGUAACAUCGACCAGGCCCACCAUAGAGGCCACGCACGAAAAGCCUUAGACGAAACAAUAGCCCUCAGCGAUGCAGUGGAAGUAGCCCUCAACCUUACAGACGACCAAGAGACUCUUAUCAUAGUAACAAGCGAUCAUUCGCAUUCUUUAGUUUUAACAGGAUAUCCAGACAGGACGCAAGGAGUGCUGGGUCAUACUAAUUCCGCUAUGGACCAAAAAGCUUUUACUAACUUACUGUAUGGCACUGGAGGUCCCAAUAAUUAUCAAUUUGCUGUGGUGGACGGUCAAGUGCAAAGGCAAGAUCCUAGUUCGGAAAAUACUACGGAUUUUGAGUAUUCGCAGCAAGCUGUGGUGUUGAAUGAUGAGGUAACGCAUAGCGGGACUGAUGUACUUGUUUAUGCAAAAGGUCCAAUGGCUCAUUUAUUCAAUAGCGUCCACGAACAAAGCUAUGUAGCUUACGUGAUAAGCUACGCUAUGAGAAUUGGGUCAUUUAAAGACGAGAGCUUCCAUCCAGACAGUUCAGGCUCUAAUACAAGUGCCAACAUAAGAAGUUGCUGGUCAGCAUUAUUAAUCUUGUUUUGUAUUAGAACUAUGUUCAACCUUUAUAUAUUUUAGAUUUAUAUUUGAAUAUUCUUUCAAUCACUGCCUAAACAACUGCAUCUUGUAUGGUAACAAUGAAUAUAAGGAAUAAAACAAAAACUUAUACAAAAAAACUUUUAUUUUAUUUCAAAUCAUAAUACACACAUGUAACCAAUAGCCUAUAAAAAAAAAAUAGAAACAAAAAUCAAGCAGUACCAUUAGUGGCAGCUUUAAUAAUAGUAGCAAGUAAGUCGUCUUCUUGUUGAGGUCCCACCCACCACAUACACAAAGCGUUCUCGUAAACCGGAGUACUUCUGGUAUGAUGCAUAGGAUCGAUGCUGUUGUGAUGUUGUCCGCUCGAAGUCGCCAAGAUCGGUCUGUAGGGAUGCAAACUCACCCCGUUGCAGCUGUCAUUAUGCAAUUGCAUCUGUAACAUACCCAAGCGUGAACUUUUGAUUUGGUUAAAAUCGAGGGUCAUUUACCCAUAGUCGAAUCUUUUAAGUGAUUUUAUGCGGAAAUAAAUAAAUUAAUAGUCCUGGAUUUAAGUCCUGAAGUGUCACUAUUAAUGACAUGAUGACUAAGGCCUGUAAAUAUUGCUUACGUUAUAACAAACAAAAGUGGGAAAACUUUGGUGUAGCUAUUCAUUGGUGUAGUCACAUUUUGAUUCACACACAACCAAUUAAAGUGCAUUAUUAUUAUAUUAUGUACAUACCUGCAAGUGUACUGUAGGGUAAUGUUGUUCGGUAACGUCCCAAAUUUGUACCUUACCAUCCGAACCGCCAGACACCAACCAUUUAUUAUCAGAUGACAAGUCAAUAGAGAUUUUUUGAUUGGUGCUACACUCUCUGGGCAAAACAAACAUCGGCCUGCCCGGCACCUAAAAACAAACAAAACUUUCAAAUAAAAUUCCCUCAAAAAGUUUCAUAAUUUCCUUUAAAAAUUGCUUCAUAGUUGUCAGGAGUAUAAUCUUACACGUAAAUCCCAACAGAUGAGAUCUUUGUCCUUCCUAGCGCCGCUGUACAGUCUGGAACCGUCCAAUGAAAAUGCCAUCGAAGUAAUACCGCCUUUAUGCCCUUUGAGCUUACACAAAUUCCUCAAAGUACCGUCAGUUUGUGAGACUAAUUCAAUAACUCCUUUAACAGUUCCAAUGGCCACUACUCCAGGUUGGGCUUUGCUAGCGACGAUAGUGGACACCUGAUGAGUGAUGGGGAUUUCCGUAUAUUCACGUCCGGGACGUCCAGUGUCGAAUAUCUUGACGUUUUUCUUGUAGCCGCUAAAUAUGUUUUGACCGUCGGCAGAAAAGGUGACGCACAUGGCAGAUUCUAGUUCGUCUACUGCGUUGUAGCCUCUGUAGGAGCAUCUUAGGUCGCCUGUGAAAGCGUCCCAGAGGUGAAUAGGACCUUCGUGACCACUUGACAGCCAGCU